ACGAGGGCUGACUCCACCACAUCGCGUCAAAUCCAUCUCGAUGGCCACAUUCACACAGGAGGAAAUCGACUUUGUGCGACAGAAUGGCAACGACACAUGCAGCCGAACGUGGCUGGGGCUGUGGGAUCCCAAGCGAGCCAUCAAACAGGAACAUCGAGAUUUCAUGAUCGACAAAUACGAACGGAAGAGGUAUUAUUUGGAACCUGCUAGUCCUCUGAAAUCCCUGCCAUCAAACACCACCAGCUCAACAACAUCGUUGUCUGCUAGCAAUGGUAUCAGCACCAGUAGUAGUAAUCUUAGCAGUAGGAACGGUGCCGAAAAUCUAGUGCCACUGAAAACUAUCACACUGACUCCGCCCACGUCUCUACGACUUAGCCGAACAAAUUCAAACUCUAGCAGUGGCCUGAACGGAAACAGCAGCCAGGCGUCAUCAGUCACCGGUUCCAGUACAAAUCUUAAGUUUCAGCAGCAGUUCACCCCAGACGACAGUAAUUUUUUCAGUGACCCUCCCAAAAUCUUGCCACCUACGCCACAGAAACACUCGAGUCAUCAUCAUCAGCGAUUGAAUGGCACCGUAAACGGAAACGCAUUCGAGCGAAGUCAGAAAAAUGGUCUAUUGACCAGUGCCAGCAACGGUCACACCAACAGCAGCAACAGCAACAACAACGCCAACAAGUUCACACCCGACUCGGACUUUGUGGCAGACUUUAGCAAUGCAAACAUUGUCAGUGUGAAUGGUGGUGCGACCACCGCCAGUAACGGGUUGAAAAAUAGCGGCAAUCACAAACUAAGCAAUGGAUUCAAUGAAAAUGGGAAUCUAACCAAUGGGUAUCACCAGAACCAGAACGGCAACGGGCAACCGAAUGGCGAAAUCGAGAACUUUGCCGACUUUGAGCACAACACCAUUUACAAUGCGGCCGGAAACAUGAGUGGUAGUGGAUCAUUCUUCAGCAAUAGCAAUAGCAUUGAUAGCAGCACGACAAAUAGCAGCAGCAGUACCACCAGUGUCAACAGCAUAAAUAACGACAUAUUCACCAACAACUACAGUCUGCUGAAUAAUAACAAUAGUGCCAACAACUUAAUAGGCAAUGGUGGGGGCGUGAGUGGCACUGCUGAUCUCUCGAACUUGAAUGGCAAUCAGUUUACGGCAUUUGGUGAUUUCCACCCGGCUGUAGGAGGAGCAGCUGGUCCGUUCUGUGCUGGACCCGGUGUCCAACGAACGAACGGUUAUAGCUACUUUCAAAACUACCAGCCUGGAACAAGUGGUACUGGUGGCAGUAGUAGUCUUAACUUUACCUCCGCUGCCAACAGCGCCACCAACAACAGCUAUAGUGGUAACGUCCAAUGGAAUCUGUGGCAACAGUUCAAUCAGUGGCCACCCCACGAUCCACCGGCCAUAUUUGGCGGCAGUAUGGGCAGCUUGAGCGGCAAUUGCCAAAGUAAACCGUCAUCAACUAGUUUAAUAAGAUCUCAUCAGCACCAACCAUCACCACAACCACACCUGCAGAAUCAACAGCACCAGCAACCGCAUCAUCACAGCUCGAAUCAGAAUCGAUGGAGUCUUCCGAUAUCCGGCAGUGCAAAAUCCUCCACAGCACUCAGCUCAGCGACGCCGUCCGUAGAUAGGUACGCAGCCCUCAAAGAUCUGGAUGACCAGUUCCGGGAAAUUAAGUUCGAACAUGAAACAAACAAUAACAACACCAACGGCACAUCCAGUAGCACGGCGAGUAGUGGGCUAAUUAAUGGAAACCAUGCUAACGAUGUCCAUCAGGUAUCCAGUGCGAACCCCUUCAAGACAGCAAAUCCGUUCCAACAGCCAGCACAACAGACGCCAACGCUGAGCUGGACCAUACCGGGAACGACGCCGCCAUCGAGCAAUGGUUUCUACGCAACGUCGCCAUACCAGAACGGAUUCGUGCAUCCGCAUCUGCUGCAGAACGGAAACGUGACGAACGGAGUCGGGUUCACCAAUGCCUUCCAUCAUCCGACUGCCGUUGGGCCACAAUUUAAUGGCACUGCGACAGCUUCGGCGAAUCACUUCGGGCAUUUUGGUAAUCCGUUCAUG